GCAGAGGCCGCUCUGAUUAGCAAGGAAAGGGGCAAUUGAGUUUUCAUGGAACGUCACCGGGAUAGGAAGGGCUGGUUUUAUUAUAUAUUUUAAGAAAAUAAAAACAAUAGAUCAAAUGUGUCUCAGUAUUCGGAAAUGCUCUGAAUUGUGUGGAUUCUUUUCAGAAGGAAGUUAUUUGCAACGGAACGAAGACGCAGUUCUUUUCGGAAACCCAGGGAAUUAAAAGCCAGAUUUGCGAGUUGCGUUUGUCUGCAAGCUCAAGCUAAUUUCCCUGCAAGCAAGACGGUUAUAGCAUCAGGGCACACGAGUUAAACAUUCAACGAAGUGGUAAGCUGCGAUGUCUUAACGCCGUGGAGGACCCUACCCUGCUGCGUGGAGGACGUGCGAGGUCCAUUGGCUGCUAAUGGGAACCCCAUCAACGCCAUGAGUGUUCGCGAUGGUGGGGGGAUCGGCGGCGUGGGCACGCUGGGCAGGCGCGGGCGCUUCGAGGACUCGGAGUUCACCCUGCGCAUCUACCCGGGCGCCUUGGCCGAGGGCACCAUCUACUGCCCCGUGAGCGCCCGCAAGAGCACCACAGCUGCCGAGGUCAUCGAGCGCUGCCUGGAGCGCCUGCGUCUUGACCGCGAGCGCUGCUACGUGCUAGCCGAGGUCAAGGAGUUCGGCGGUGAGGAGUGGAUCCUGAACCCCACCGACUGCCCUGUCCAGCGGAUGAUGCUCUGGCCGCGCGGCGCUCUGGAGCAGCGCUCCGGCGGCGGCGGCGGCGAGGACUACCGCUUCCUGCUGCGCCAGAAGAACCUGGACGGCUCCAUCCACUACGGCGGCAGCCUGCAGAUGUGGCUGCGCGUGACGGAGGAGCGGCGGCUCAUGAUGGAGCGCGGCCUGCUGCCGCCGCGGGAGGAGGCCCGCGGGGAUUACGCCGACCUCUGCCGCCUGCCGGAGCUCACGGAGCGCUCGCUGCUGGACAACCUGCGCUCGCGCUUCCGCCAGGAGCGCAUCUACACGUACGUCGGCAGCAUCCUCGUGGUCAUCAACCCCUUCCAGUUCCUGCCCAUCUACAACCCCAAGUACGUCAAGAUGUACGACAAUCACGCGCUGGGAGAGCUGGAGCCGCACGUCUACGCCGUGGCGGACGUUGCCUACCACGCCAUGCUGCAGCGGCGCAGGAACCAGUGCAUCGUCAUCUCCGGGGAGAGCGGCUCGGGGAAGACGCAGAGCACCAACUUCCUGAUUCAUCACCUGACGGCGCUCAGCCAGAAGGGCUUUGCCAGCGGGGUGGAGCAGAUCAUCCUGGGGGCGGGACCGGUGUUAGAGGCGUUUGGGAAUGCAAAAACAGCCCACAACAACAACUCGAGUCGCUUCGGCAAGUUCAUCCAAGUGAAUUACCAGGAGAGCGGCACGGUCAGAGGGGCCUAUGUGGAGAAGUACCUCCUGGAAAAAUCCAGACUGGUCUAUCAGGAGCACAAUGAACGGAACUACCAUGUGUUUUACUACCUGCUGGCAGGAGCAAGUGAUGAGGAGAGGAGCGUUUUUCACCUUAAGAAGCCUGAAGAAUACCAUUACCUCAAUCAGAUGACAAAGAAGGUCCUCAGACCGAACUGGGAGAAUUACUAUGAGAGCGAACCGGACUGCUUCACAGUGGAAGGAGAGGACCUGAAGCAUGACUUUGAGAGACUUCAGCUGGCCAUGGAGAUGGUGGGAUUUCUGCCUGCCACACGCAAACAGAUCUUUUCUCUGUUGUCGGCCAUUCUUCACCUGGGGAACAUCCGGUACAAGAAGAAGACCUACCGAGACGACUCCAUUGACAUCUGCAACCCAGAAGUCCUGCCUGUCGUCUCUGAACUUCUAGAGGUCAAGGAGGAGAUGCUGUUUGAAGCCCUGACAACACGGAAGACCGUGACUGUAGGAGAAAGGCUGAUUGUGCCCUACAAACUAGCUGAGGCCGGCACCGUGCGAGACUCCAUGGCCAAGUCCCUGUACAGCGCCCUGUUUGACUGGAUCGUCUUCCGGAUCAACCACGCCCUGCUCAACAACCGGGACCUGGAGGAAAGCGCCAAGAUCUUUUCCAUAGGAGUGCUGGACAUAUUUGGCUUCGAGGACUAUGAGAACAAUAGCUUUGAGCAAUUCUGCAUCAACUUUGCCAACGAGAGGCUCCAACACUACUUCAAUCAGCACAUCUUUAAGCUUGAACAGGAGGAGUACAGGGCAGAGGGCAUCAGCUGGCACAACAUCGAUUACAUUGACAACACAGGCUGCAUCAACCUCAUCAGUAAGAAGCCAACAGCACUGCUCCACCUGCUGGACGAAGAGUGCAACUUCCCACAGGCCACCAAUCAGACUCUGCUGGACAAAUUCAAGCGGCAGCACGAGGGCAACAACUACAUCGAGUUCCCCGCCGUCAUGGAGCCCGCCUUCAUCAUCUGCCACUACGCCGGAAAGGUCAAGUACGGGGUCAAGGAUUUCCGGGAGAAGAACACGGACCACAUGCGUCCGGACAUCGUGGCCCUCCUGAAGAGCAGCAAGAACGCCUUCAUCUGCGGCCUGAUGGGCAUCGACCCACCGGCCACCUUCCGCUGGGCCGUCCUCAGGGCCUACUUCCGGGCCACGGUGGCCUUCAGGGAGGCCGGGAGGAGACUGGCGCGGAGGAAGAGCGGGCAUGCUGAUGCUGCUCCCUGUGCAGGUUUCAAAAGUGUGGAUAGUUUUAGCUUUCUGCAUCACCCUGUGCAUCAGAGGAGUUUAGAGAUCCUGCAGAGGUGCAAGGAGGAGAAGUACACACUGGAUAUAGCGGCAAAUGAUGAUACUGAAAAUGGCGUGACGCGCAGGAGUCCCCGCAUGCCGCUCUCGGACCUGCAGGGCAGCAACAUGCUGAACGACAAACCUCCAGGGGAGGGUGUGGGCUGGAACGGGCGUGCCGGUCGACAGGGUCGUCUGUCAUCCAGUGGAUCCAACACGGAUGAGGACGGAGGCAUCUUUGUCAACUCUACCAGCAGCAAGCUCCUGGAGAGAGCCCAUGGUAUCCUCAUGAGAAACAAAAACUUCAAAUUGAAGCCCAGUCUUCCAAAGCACUUGCUCGAUGUCAAGUCCCUGAAGUACCUCAGCAAGUUGACACUACACGACCGUAUCACCAAGUCCCUCCUUCACCUCCACAAGAAGAAAAAACCGCCCAGCAUCAGUGCUCAGUUCCAGGCAUCUCUGAACAAGUUGAUGGAGACUCUGGGCCAGUCGGAGCCAUACUUUGUCAAAUGCAUCCGCUCCAAUGCGGAGAAGCAGCCCCUGCGCUUCAACGACAGCCUGGUGCUGAGGCAGCUUCGCUACACCGGGAUGCUGGAGACCGUACGCAUCCGCCAGUCAGGCUACAGCAUCAAGUACACCUUUCAGGAUUUUGUUCGUCUCUUCCGGGUUCUGCUUCCUGAGGGCACCAGGCCCGUCCAGGAGGACAUCGGACAGUACCUGCGCAAAGUGGAGCUGGUGCCCGAUGGAUACCAAGUUGGCAAGACCAUGGUGUUCCUGCGGGAGGUGGAGCGCCAGCGGCUCCAGGCGUUACUCCACAAGGAGGUGCUGGACCGAAUCGUGACGCUUCAGCGCCGCUUCAGGGCCCUUCUGGAGAGGAAACACUUCCUCAGAAUGAGACUCGCCGCCACCACCAUCCAGCAAUGGUGGCGUGCCUACGGGUCGAAGCAGGAGGACGAACACACCCCCCGUCAGGAGCAGGCGGCCUUACUGCUCCAGACCGCCUGGCGAAGGUACAGGGAGCGCCGGAGGUUCGGACUGUGGCGUCGGGCAGCCCUGCUGCUGCAGAGGGAGUGGAGGGCGUGGCUGCGGAGGCGAGAGCAGGAGGCGGCAGCACGUGCCAUCCAGACAGCCUGGCGCCGCCACGCAGCCAGAGAGGCCUACCUGCGGCUGCGUGGCGCCACCGUGAUGCUGCAGGCGUUGGUGAGAGGCUACCUGGCCAGGCAGAGGUAUGGGGAGCUGAAAGCGCAAAGCUUGAAGGACAAGGAACAAAGAGAGAAGAAAAAUCAACCAACACAGAAGCUGCAAAAUGGACAGAGGAGCCCCUCACCGGACCCACAGGAGCAAGCAGCCAGGAUCAUGGGUCUGGACCUGAGCACGUGGGAGGACCGGUCUUACAACGAGCGUGAGACGGCCCUCCGACGACUGAACAGCCAGGAGGAAAGGAUAAAGGAGGGAGGAGGAGGUGGUGGAGAAAUUGGAGGCGGAGAGAUGAGGGCUACAGAGAGCCAGAUCAGGACCCACUCCCCAGUUCUCUCGGCAUCUACCACAGGCGUGGUGGUGAGAGAGAGGACGAGGACUUUGGACGAGCCCGGCCAGAGGACCACCAGGGCCAAGAGGGAGAGUCGGAGGAUGAGGGAACUGGAGCAGGCCAAGUUCAGCCUGGAGCUGCUUAAGGUGCGGUCCACGGGCGGUGGCGGGGCGUCACCCCCGUCCGAGGAGAGGCGCUGGUCAGCCGAGCUGGCCCACGCCACCACACCGCCUCCCCGCUCCCCCCAGGGGCCCAGCACGCCUGACAGCCAGAGCUCCAGAGGCAGCUUUGAGCUGCUCAGCGUGGAUGACGAGAUACCCAGGGAGAGGCCACCUUUGGCAGAUGUGGAGGAACUCGGUUCCUCUGUCGCUUCCGAAGCACAGGUGGUGCUGGAGUCGACCCCUGAGGUCUUCCCCAUCAGCCUCAUGUCGAAGGAGCCUCCGCCAGACAGUCAGAGCAAGGCGAAGAGCCAGGCGAAGCCCGAGAAAGCUGGGCCCUCCGCUCAUCCGCACAAGAUCGAAAACUGCCUCCCCACCUUUUACGUCCCAUCGACCGACAGCAGCCUGGUCAUCACACGUCGUCUGGGCGACGACUCCAUUAGACCAAUUGAGGCUGACACCACCACCAUCACCACCACCACCAGUACCACCACCGUCACCAAGCCACUUAGGUCAGUCAAGGAAAGGCGGGAGUCACUACGCCGACCCGUAGUGGUGGUCAUCAGCAUGCAGAAGGAAACUCCCCUCGACCAGGAGGAGCUCGGUGGCUCUGUCGUCCACCUCCCCCGGGUAGAGGUGCACGACAAGGCGGCGCAAACCGGAGAACUCCCUUCAGUGCUGCCACCACCGGCCGCAGUGCUAAUGGACCCCACCCCAGUCACCUCUGUAAUUCCUGCCCCCGGCCCCACCCCAGUCCCGGCCGCUAACCAGUUUGUCCUGGAGAAGCUGGAGCGCCUCAACGAGGAAAAGGAAGAGAGGCAGCGGCACCAGCAGCAGCAGAAGGAACGGGAGAUGAUGGAGCAGAUACGACAGCAGAAGGAGGUGCUGGAGAGACAGCGGCGGCACUUCGCUCAGUACGAAAAGGAGCUGUUCGAGAAGCAGAGGGGCAAGGCUCUUGUCAGGAUCCAGCAGAGCCGGCAAGUGGGUGCGGCUCAGGACGAGAGUGGAACCCCAGCUGCCUAUGCCCGUCCUCUUAUACCCAGCUCCGCAACCGAGAGGUCGCCGACUCCAGCCCCAGCCUCCGGGACCCCGUCCGUGUCCGAAGCCCCUGUAGGACCUUCUCCUCCUGGGCCACUGGAAACCCAGGGUGCUGCAACACCCCAAGCCCAGGCCCGGAUCCCUCCGCCUCCCUCCACCCCCAAAGCGAAGACCAGGGAUGGGAGGCCCAUUGCAGAUGGCUGGGUUCCAAACUUGAUCCUGGAGUCCAGAGAGGGCAUGGAAGGAGGAGCGAGAGGGAGGGCCCCCAAGGUGGCCCCGGCCAAUCAGAGUGGCGGUGUCAGUAUGACCGAAAGGUCAGGGAGAAUCUUCUUCUCGCCCAAGGACAGGGUGUCAUUCUCUGAGUUCGACAUGGAGAAACCAGUCAGUGAAGAGAAGUCUGCGACAGACCCAAAAGAGGGACCCUCCUCAAGCGCAAAGUCCUCUAAAGCACUGAAAACCCGGGAGGUCGGCAGGGCAGGCUACAAAAAGAAACCCCGCAUGGCGCGGACCCGAUGCGACUUUUUGACACGCGCCCAAACAAUCUCUUUGGGGGGCGAGUCUGAGGACGACGAGUACGAGGAAGAGACUCCCAUCCCCCCCCCUCCCCCCUACGCCCAAACCCUCCCUAAACAGAAGUCCUUUGAGUGUUUCAGUGAUUCUGAUAUGCCCUCUACUAGUUCUGAGGAGCAGAAGAAGUUGCAGAAGGCCAUGUCAUCUGGUGAUCUAGUCAAAGUUGAAACACUACGCAAGAACUCCCAGCCGGACGGAAGGGUUCGUGGCAAGAUGCGUUUCUGGGGCAAGACCAAGCAAGGUGAGAAGAAACUGUCCAGAGAGAAGCUGAUCUGCGGAGGAGAUUCCAUGGACGGGGACUACGGAGACACAGGCCCGCUGCUUGGAGAAGCAGGACAGGAGUACAUGUCCCCGCCUCGUAGCCCGGACCUGACUCUGGAGCACGGGGCUAAGGAGUUCAAGGAAAACAAGGAGCCCUCACCCAAAGUCAAGAGGCGGCGCAGUGUCAAGAUCAGCAAUGUUGCCCUGGAGCCGGCCCAGUGGGGGAAUGACGCACUGCAGAUUCUCACCUGUGCCAACGACUACAGAAGCAUGAACGACUUCCUUAUGAAAAAGAUCAAUGACCUGGAGGCCGAGGAUGGCGGGAAGAAAGAUACCAUGGUGGAUGUGGUGUUCAAGAAGGCCUUGAAGGAGUUCCGCCUCAACAUAUUCAACUCCUACUCUACUGCCCUGGCGAUGGAUGACGGGAAAAGUAUCCGCUACAAGGACCUGUACGCCCUGUUUGAACAGAUCCUGGAAAAGACCAUGCGUCUCGAACAGAGGGAUUGGAGCGAGUCACCCGUCAAGGUGUGGGUGAACACGUUCAAAAUCUUUCUUGAUGAGUUCAUGACGGAGUACAAGCCAAUGGACAACACCAUCAGCAAGCAGGUCCCGAAACCUGAACGCAAGAAGAGGAGGAAAAAGGAUGCCGACAUUGUGGAGGAGCACAAUGGCCACAUCUUCAAGGCCACCCAGUACAGCAUCCCCACUUACUGCGAGUACUGCUCCUCUCUCAUCUGGAUGAUGGACAAAGCCUGCGUCUGCAAAUUGUGUCGCUACGCCUGCCACCGAAAGUGCUGCCUGAGGAUGACUACUAAAUGCAGCAAAAAGUACAACCCAGAGCUGUCGUCCAGGCAGUUUGGCGUGGAGGUGUCCCGUCUGACCAACGAGGAGAGGACAGUGCCUCUGGUGGUGGAGAAGCUCAUCAACUACAUUGAGAUGCACGGCCUCUACACAGAGGGCAUCUACAGGAAGUCUGGCUCCACCAAUAAGAUCAAAGAGCUCAAGCAGGGCCUAGACACAGACGUGAACAGCAUGAACCUGGACGACUACAACAUUCACGUCAUUGCCAGUGUCUUCAAGCAGUGGCUCCGUGACCUGCCCAAUCCACUCAUGACCUUUGAACUGUAUGAGGAGUUUCUCCGCGCCAUGUGCAUGCAGGACAAGAAGGAGGUCAUUCGAGGGGUGUACUCAAUAAUCGACCAGCUCAGUAGAACUCACCUCAACACCCUGGAACGGCUGUUCUUCCACCUGGUCAGGAUUGCUGGGCAGGAGGACACCAACCGUAUGUCGGCCAACGCCCUGGCCAUCGUCUUUGCUCCCUGCAUCCUGCGCUGCCCUGACACAAUCGAUCCCCUGCAGAGUGUCCAGGAUAUCGGGAAGACCACCGCGUGUGUGGAGCUGAUCAUUGUGGAGCAGAUGAACAAGUACAAGGCCCGGCUGAAGGACAUCAACAGUCUGGAGUUUGCGGAAAACAAAGCCAAGUGCAGGCUGACCCUCAUCCGGAGGUCAAUGAAACCUGUACUAGUUGCCGUUAGAUUUAUGACCAUAGCCCGCAGUACAGUCCCGCCAAACUCAGCCAAAAAGGGCAAGGGCCACGUCCGGCGGUUCAGCUACCACCACACACCCUCCCCCCCGGUUAGCCCGCGGCUACCACUGGCGGCGGAUGUGGCGACGUGUGAGGGCGGUGUUGAGGAGGCGCUGGCGGGUCUGGAGCCUGAGGUUCCGGAGCACCAGCAGGUGGCCAUGCAGCAGGAAGAGAGGGUGCUGACAGAGCAGAUCGAGAGCCUGCAGAAGGAGAAAGAGGAGCUGACCUUUGAGAUGCUGACCUUAGAGCCUCGGGCUUCAGACGACGAGACCCUGGAUUCAGAGGCCUCCAUCGGCAGCUCAGAGAAUCUCAACGUGGACUCGGAAGGAGCCACCUCAGACUUCUCCGAGAGAUGCGGCCCUGUGCCGUCCGCCGCCACCCGACCCAAGAAGUCAGAGGGGAAGAGCUACCGACGUCACAACCUACGCCGACAGGCGGAUUCCCUGGACUCAGUGGACUCCGGUUCCACUAUUUCCUCCCACUCUUCCUCCGCCCACCUACACCCGCCCACCUCAUCCGCAGUGACGGCCCGCCGCUUCAAGUCACCCGCCCUCGUCACCCCAGGCUUCCCCGGGACCCAGCCUCCUCGCUGCGACAGCGUAGACUGUGCCUCUGCGGCUGAACUGGAGGGGCUUUUUGAGGAGAGGUCACAGUUCACCAGCCGAGGCACCUUCAACCCGGAGAAAGGCAAACAGAAAUUGAAGGGGUCCAAGAUCGCACCCCUGAGACACUCUCGGGACAGCGCAGGCCACAGCAGGGACCCACCCGACUUAUCCCAGCAGCUGGUUUUGUACGGCAACAAUGAAUUCAUGGUGUGAAGGACAUUGGGACCACUUCCUGUUUCACAGCCCGCGCUCCCUACUCAUUGGCCGGCACCCGCGAAAUGGGGGGUGGGGGGGGGUUGAAGAGCGGGCCAUCUCACCCCUCCUCAAACACUCCAGCCCCCCAGUUUCCAUGUUCACGUCCACAGCCAUGUAGAGCUGUCCUCCACGUGCCAUGUACUGUGUCCAGCUCCAAGCCACUGGUGGGAGACAAGGUCGACCGAGGGAGAAGAGGGCUGGGUGAGAGGGAUUCUUGGGGGUCUCCUGAGCCGACAUCUCAGUGGGGUCUAGGAGGUGAGAACGAGGCUGGAGAGACGGAGGGGGAACAAUCAGGCUACCCUAGCCAUCGUCAAUGCUGCAGUCUCCAUGAACUUGAGCUAUCAAUCAUUGGCUGCUUUAAAAGUUUACAGUCCAUAACAAUCAGUGUAAGCAGUGGUUUCUCCCAUUACAAGUGUAUUUUUCCCUUAAGCGUAUUUAAUACAUUUUAUUUCAUCUAAAGUAUAAAUCUAUAUAACUAUAUUAUGCAGGUAUAAAUACUGUACAAAGCCGGAACACCAGUGACUGCUGGGUAGUUGAAGUUGAAUAUUUAUCUUUUGCUUGAGUAACUUGGGGAGGGAUGUGUGGAGUUGGCCAGCGGCUGUGUAUGCGCGCGCGUUAAGUGUGUAUUUGUGCGUGUGUGUAUGAGAAGACCACUUUGUGUUUUAAGUUUGUGCUGCUUUUUUUUCCCUCUCCUGAAAGAAAUACCGCCAUCAAAGGGACCAAAUCAGCUGGUGUGUGGAUCCCAGCUCGGUAAAGAAUGUUGGAUGUGAAUAAAAUCACUGCAUUCACUGCUUA